AAUUUCCAAGUUUAUUUUUAUUCUUAAAAUGAUUGUGUUACAUAUACCGCAAAAAGUAUUAAUAAUCGUGUUAUUAUUGGUGAUUUUAUCGAUUUAUAUAUACACAACAAAUACUUGUUUUAUAACCAACUUAUCAAAAUCGUUUCCAAAAUGGCGACAACAAACGGUAACGAAUAACGAAAACAUCGUUUUCCAUUACAAAACAUCCGUAAGAGUGGUACCUUUAGAUCUAAACGAAUCGGACGCGUCUCCGAAAUAUAAAUUUUUUCGCGAACAAGGUCUUCGUCCAGAGCAGCAACUUCCGAGUGCUUUAAUAAUUGGGGUGAAAAAAGGUGGGACGAGAGCACUUUUAGAGUUUAUUAGGAUACACCCCGAUGUGAGAGCCGCUGGAAGUGAGGUUCAUUUUUUUGAUAAACAUUAUGGGAAAGGUUUCCAAUGGUAUCGACAAAAAAUGCCGCCAACUCUUGAGGGGCAAAUCACCAUUGAAAAAUCGCCGUCAUAUUUUAUCACAAAAGAAGCCUCCCAUCGAGUUCAACACAUGAACCCAUCAACAAAACUCUUAGUUGUAGUCCGAAACCCGGUUACAAGAGCAAUAAGCGAUUACACCCAAGCAAUUUCAAAAAAACCCGAAAUGAAAAAAUUUGAAGAUUUAGUUUUUGUAAACGGCACCAACGAUCAGAUUGAUUUGAGUUGGGGCCCGAUUAAAUUGGGGAUUUAUUCGCGGUAUUUAGCGAGGUGGUUAAAAUAUUUUCCACUAUCCCAAUUUUUAUUUGUUAGUGGAGAACGAUUGGUUUUAGAUCCAGCCUUGGAAUUACGCAGGGUGCAAGAUUUUUUGGGUAUAAAACGCGUGGUUACCGAAAAACAUUUUUAUUUUAACUCGACGAAAGGUUUUCCUUGCCUAUUUAAAAGCGAGGGGCACAGCGGGCCCCAUUGUUUAGGAAAAACGAAGGGGCGAAAUCAUCCUUACGUUAACCCGGUCGUUUUGCAGAAAUUAAGGGAUUUUUAUCGACCCUAUAAUAUUCGAUUUUAUCACAUGACCGGGAUUAAUUUUGGAUGGUCUUAAAAUAAUAAUUUGUAUACAAAAUGACAUAUCAAUUAAUACAUAUGAAGAUUCUCCAUUGUUUAAGCUCAAUUUAACAAUAAAGAUUUAAUAGGGACAUUUUUAAAA